CAGACAUUCCAGCCACCUUCAUUGACAAAUCCAGCCUGGAUGAAGGUUUAACCCUUUAGCAUACACUCUUAGUCACUGCCCGAGUCUCUUAUGUAAUUGAAGUAUGCUGUUUCUGGGACUUUUACAGUGGCUGUUCCUCUCAGCGGGACACAGGACGAGGACAGCAGCUGCCAUAUAAGGGCAAGGCUACUGUGUCAUCUCCGGAAAACACACUCCCAGACAGAAAUGGCUUUCAGUCUGGCCUGGCAUGCUGAAGCGAUUCCUGUAGUUGGAGAAGUUACUGCAGACAAAGAAGGUAAGAAAAAAGAAAAAAGUUAGAUGGACUGAUCAUACAAUCUAGGUUCUUUGACUGUGAAAAAAAAAAAGCAGCACCGACACACAGACUCCUGCUCUCUCUUUAUUUUGUGGUGCAAAUACAAUUUUCAUCUUUGAUAUGAGAUAUAAUUAACGAGCGUUUCUUAAAGUAACUGCCUAGUUUCGCUGCAGUUCUUUUGUUUCAGGUCACUUUUCUGUAUUCAUUUCAACCUCGUAGAGCACUCUGGGUGGUAAAUCAGCGGAUAAAGAUGACCAUCAAGCUGUGGUGGUGACAUCUGCUUCAAACUUCAGCUAUUCUGAGAAACCGUACAAUUUUCUGUCGCCAACAUAUCAGUGGCUGCCUAUCCAAAUUAAAGGCUGUAGAAAAACAUGCACGUAGAUUCUGUGACCUCACCCUAUAGGUUCCUGAUAGGAGGUUUUCAAGCUUAGGAUCAUGGGCAGAUAAUCAAACUUGGUGCGACGUGGGGUGGAGCCGAGAGACAUCAUGGCUGAGCGCACUACACUUGUCAGUCAAGAAAAAAAAAGGCCUCUAAAUAUACAUCUCGAAAAACCAGGGCAUCCUCUUUAAGGAACAGAAUCAUUUUAGAUCCAGCGGCCAUUAGAGGAAUCAAAGCUUAACUUAGGCACCACAGCGGUUUCAGCACUGACAUGUGGUAGUUCCUACUUGAUGCAGGUACAAUAAGGUACUUGCAGUUAUCUUUCACUGCUGCCAUAAUCUCCACCACUCAUUUCUAGACUCUUUGCACGGCACCAGAUGACAAAAUCAUCAAGAAAUACUCAAAAACAUCCAAGAGCUCACAAUCACGCACGCACACUAAACCAGCACUCACCAAGUAUUACAAUGCGAGCACCGUGCAAAAGGAGAAAAACUCUUUCAUGGAAAGGUCUCCCUCACGCCAAUCCGCCAGUCUCUCUUCACGGUGUUUCAUUUCAGCAUGAAAGCAGGAGCCAAUCUCAACGGGCCAUUAAGGAAGCGAGGUGAGAAUGAUUGUUUUCUUAUCUUACAUAAGGGAGAAAAAAGUGGAGUAUUCUGGACUUCAUAAUGUAGGGUUAGGGGUAACUAGAGAUCAAAGGCUGGGGGACAGGGACACAAAAGGAGGAUCAUAAGAGACCUUUAUUAAUAUGAAUAAGUGUGGUAAUCCAGCAGAGGCCAGUUUGUGAGCUGUGAUCUCUCAGGUGUCUAUCAUACUAUUAUAACCCAAAAUCCAGUUGCUACAAUUUCACAUUUAACUGUUGAUUGCUUGGAAAGUAUUUGAAACGAGCAUCAUUGCAUUUACAACAAUGUACAGUAUAUUCUGAUCCAACCACACAAAGCCAUGAUAGCUAAAACAGAGCUAAAGGGUGAGAUCUAUUCCUAAAUGAUCUGAAGUUCUCAGUCAUGGUAUUGAACCAACAACAGUCAUAAGAUGGGUUCAUACUCCCAUCUUGUGGCUAGGACGUGUACCGGCAACAAUGUACGGUGAUCUGGGAAAACAGUUAGUAGAGAUAAACAAUCAAUUUUGUAUCCAGUUAAAUAAUACACACACUCUCUUGUGAUAUAACCAGGCACGCCCUGAGGGAAAGGUUUAGCCUGUGGAAAUAAAUUCAACUGAAGGCUUUAAAGUCUCUCGUUUUGCGGCCUAAACGUGGAAAAUCUGGUACAAACAUGUAUUUUAUAUUUGUUUCAUUAUUCUGCGCUAUGGGAGUCCAACAUAUCCUCAUCUGUAACAAAAAGCAUGCUUAUUUCCAUGUGGGUUUGCUUUUCCAUUAAACCAAGAUUGAGAUAAACAUCUGGUGGCUGUCAAGGUCAAUGAGAACACCACGACUCUUAAACUGAACCAACAAGACACCCCCCACCCCCCCCCAUCAUCAUCUGAUGAGCCUAAUCCAGGCCGUUACAGAAAUGAAAGGACCCAGUUGAAGUCUUGAGGAAGGGAAAUGACUAACUCCCAUCACAGGACAGCAACGGUCAUUUCCCUGUCCCUCCGAGGGGCCGAUGAAGCGUAUUGUGCUCGGUGAACAAAGACAGUCUUGAUUGGGGCCUUAGCAUCCUCUGUGGAUCCACUGCUCUCAUCCUGCUGGAAUGCUGAAUGAAAAUUUUUGUGGUCAGCAAUGUUUGAAUUGCCUUUCACCCAUUAGGUUUUGAGGUUGGAAAGAGAGAUGAACAGAGACGUAUAGUGAGAGGGAGCACAUCAGACAGCGAAGGAAGAAAAAGCAGAGGCCAGCUGCUGGGAAUAUCUGGAUUCUUAACAACACCACAGAGCAAAACACACUUUUUACAUAUAGGGGAGGGAGAGAGGGGAGCUGGAUUUCUGGUUGUGUAAUGCAGCGAGCUCUUUCUUGAUAUCAGGUUGCGAAGCCAAGAAAAAGAGACUACUGUUAGCAGCUCCUUAAUAAAGGCCAGGCAGUAGUCACAUUUCACAUGGCAAGGCCAGGCGAGGACUGUCUCAGUACAGCAGCGGCAAGUAAAUAUUAUGGUGCAAGAUCAGGCAGCGCUAAACGUUUCAAAAUGCAUAAACACACACGGCUGACUCCAGCAGAUGUACUGGGAAUUUAGGGACAUUAUCUGCUAAUCCUCGGGAUGAAAAGUAUCUGUGGCUUCUGAAAGUUUUGCUCUCUCUCUACAUUUUACACAUUUACAAUCAUCUUGUAUUAUCUUCAACAAAACAUUGAACUGAACUUGAAUAUGUCCCCCGGAUAAAUAAACUACAAUUCAUAGACAGCGGUACAUUUUUGUUCCCUAUUAGGUUGAAAAUAUAAACCAACCUGAACGAUUAUUUUGGUGGGGCAUAAUAAAAAUGCUAAAGGGACAAAGACGCAAUAAAAAUUAUUUCAGAAUAUCAAUGUACAACAAGGCUGUUACAAUUUGUUUAAGGCUACAACAAAUGAUUAUUGUUAUUACCAAUAAAUCUGCAGAUCAGAUCAACCUCAACCAAUUAAACAGUCCAUCUAUAAAAUGUCAUGAAAUAGUGAAAAAUGCCAACCGAAACACAAUUUUGUCUGGCUGACUGACUUUCUAAAUUAAAAGAUAUUCAAUUUUAUUAAAAUUUCCACCCUGGUGCACGAUUUCUUGUCAUUGUAUUGUAAAAAGCAUCAAAUCCUCACAUUUGAGAAUCUGGAACCAGCAGAUGUUUAGGAUUUUUUUUUAACCAAAAAUGAUUUAAAUUGUCCAAUCAAUAAAUCAGCUAAUUGUUUCACACGUUUCUGCAUUGUUCUCUCCUCGCUGCCCUGUCUCUCAGUCCAGAAAAUGACAUUAAAUGUGAGCAACGCGUUCAGAGAUGAUGAGUCAAGAACGCAGCCAGAGUUGGUCUCUGGGACCUGAAAAACAGAUAGUGAGCUGAUGGUUUCCAGUCAGAUAAAGGUUUGUUUUGGAGAGCUUUGCCUUGUUGACACGCUGGUGGUUCCUGAUGCCGCUCCAGCCUUUAAAGACCAAAAUAGCUCCCAUCUGUUCAAACUGUACAGUGAGGAGUUUUCAGCAGACCAAAGUGUGUUCUUUAUGGAAAAUCUGCGACACACCAGAAAGGUUGUUUUUCAGGGGUUCACCCCCCCCACACACACACAUAUACACAUAAAAGAGCACGCUCGCACAGCAUUUACAGUAGCCAGUUCUGAAUGCAAUUUGUCAUGAGGUGUCUGGCAAGCUUCUCUCACCAAUAUGGAUGUACUGCUAUUUUUGCCCAAAACCCAUUAAUCAUACUUUUGCCCCGAAGCAGAAUGUGGCAUAAAAUGUAAACAAAAAGGAAAACAUUAGCUAAUCGAAAGCAGAAGACAGACAGGAGAGAGUCACACACCUUCCGAGUUCUCCCACUGACUAUGAAUGUCACUGUUAAAAGGUCCAGUGUGUACAAUUUUGGGACAUCUAUUAGCAGAACUAAUGUUUAUUAUUGUGUUUUCAUUAGAGUAUAAUCAGCUGAAUCUGACAAUUGCUGUGUUUUCAUUAGCUCAGAAUGAGCCCUGUAUUUUUACAUAGGGAGCAUGUCGUCUUCAGAGUCCGCCAUGUUUCUAUAGUAGCCCAGAACAAACAGGCUAAACACGGGCUUUAGAGAGGGCCUUUUGCGUUUUUAUGUUACCUGAAGGCCACCGUAGUCCUCCAAAACUGCAGUAAAGUGACCCACUUAGUGCAAAAGCUGUGGUACCACGAGCCGUGACUUCCUAAAGUUGUGUCAUUAUCGUAAGGAUGGCGUCUGAGCGAGGUGAACGGCGUUACCACAGCUUUGCAGUUGGCGGCUCACGUUACUGCAGUCUUGUAAAGGGAGAGGUGAGGAGGGACAUUCAAUAGGUGGCAAUCUGCAACCACACCACUAGAGGCCAGUAAAUCCAACACACUCGAGGAAACAAUUCUACACUGAACGUGAGUUCAUAUAAUAUAUAGAAAUUUGGAAAUUAGCUUCCACCUACUAUGUAGAUUCGUGGUUGCCUGGACAGGUCAUGUAGGGCACGUAGGCUGCGAUGGACUGAAUCUGCCUCAUGAACUCAUCUCCGAUCCUGGCAUUGUCCUGAAACAGUGACAUUCAGCUGUUAAACAUGACGCCAAAGAUUUUACUUUUUCUCCAUUCACUGAUUACUUUGAUUGCUCUAUUUUCCAGAUAGCUGCAGGAAUGUAUCGCCUGUAGAAAUAGAAGUUUAUGGUGACAACACACGUCGGUGGGGCCAUAAAGUGUUGUCGCAGUUCCGGAGAAGUAUCUGCUAGUUAGUUAGCUAGUUAGCUAGGUAGCCUGUCCUUCUCUGGAUGAAGCAUUAAGUUGUUACAUUUUCUCUCUACCCUCCGUUACGUUACUACUUCACUGCAAAACCUAAUCUCAGUGAGUCGGCGACUUGCCAAAAGUCAAUUUAGUUAAUAUGCAAGUUAGCCCACGACAACGGUCACAAAGGCAACGGUACAUAAAAAAAGGCCGCCACUAUGACCAUCCCGCAACUUUGAUCUGAAUGGAAAUGUCCGUUCUACUCCUAUUCUAGCUCUAUGGUAUAGUUUAUCAAACAAACCUUACUGAAAUCAUAGACAUUUGUGUCUUAGAUAAGCCAACACUGGCAAUGCAAACACACUGCGGUUAACGGCUGUAAUGAUGGCUUCCACCUGCCAAAAACAUUAAUGACCUUUCAGACAAAAUUCUCUCUCUCUCUCUCUCUCUGUUCUUCUAUUUAUAAUAUCAGUGAAGCCACAGGAUUUACUUGCACAUUCCAGCUAAAAAUCACAGCUUGGAAUAAUUAUGGUUAUUAAUGUGUGCAGUAGUAGUGCUGAUGGUAUUUAACAUUUUUCCCUAUUUGAAAAAAAUAAGCAUGAAUAAUGCAAGAACUCAUUUUAGAAUAAUGAUAUAGGUUUCCAAGAUAAAUUUGUGCUAAAUAUCACAGAUGACAGUUGGGAGGUUUUCAGAUGAGCAAAUAUAUUAUUGAGACUUAAGAUUCUGCGUUUUGAGUGACGCUUAUUUUAUUUAACAAAUACUUGGGCGACAUGACCCUGACUCUCGUCUUUCACCGCAGGCUUAAGGCAUUUCAGAGUAAUGCUAAUCAUAAGCUGUGUGUCUCAACCACAGCUGAGGGCCUUCAUAUCCACUUAUAAUAAACAGUGGUGAGUCUUGAGAUGGGGGGCAGUGGAGAGAGGUAAAGUGGCUUAUCUCAUCUGUCAUUGUGGAAUUAAGAGGAAUAGAAGAGUGGCUUUAAGAAUAUACGCUAAUGUUGAAAGAAAUUUGCUGUCAGUUACCUUUACAUGGGCAUAAUUGUGAUCAAAGUUUAUGAUAUUGAAAAGACAGAAGAGUGAAAUACCUCAUGCAUAUCGUAGGCAAAGUCACCUGUAAAACAUAAUAAAAAUCAAUGAACGAAAGAGUUUGGUACAACAACAAUAGGUAUAUCUGUGCACAGUGCCAAAAUUAGUUUCCUCCAAAAAGUUGUGUUUAUAUCUUUGUCAUAGGAAAUAUGCAUUUAAAGGAAUAGUUCAACAUUUAAGGAAACACGCUUAGUAGCUUUCUUGCAGAGAGUUAGAUGAAAUCGAUUCCACUCUCAUGUAUGUAUGCUAAAUAUGAAGCUAGUUCAAUUAGCUUAGCAUUAAGAAUGGAAACAGCUAGGUUCUAUUUAAAGAAUUACGAACUGUAAAACUUGUAAAGUGGCUGUAAAACAGUGUUGAACGGGGUGUUUCAUUUGAAAAGCCACCAAAAAUGUUCACGUUAUUUCAUCAUCUUUUAUUAUCCAUCAAGCUAGAAAGCCAGAGAUUCAGUCAGAUUUUUAGGCGAACACAUUUUGGCACAACCCAGACCAAUUAUCUGUUUAGCUUCUGCUCCCCACAAGUGUUGGAGCGAGCAAAUGACCGGCAUCCAAUCAAUAUUAACGUAAUAGUAAUACAUAUAUUUGAUUUGUGUUAGUGUAAUCUGUCGCAAGCUGUGCCAGGUAUCUGUGGAUUACUGAUGCCUGAGACAACAGCUGAUAAAACAACGCCUCUUUGCUGCUUAAACAGUGCAAAUUGUUGCAGUAUUUUUUGUAUCAGUGUCGAGCUUACCGAUGUGCAGGAUGGCGUCGUACAUGCCGAGCUGCGUCUCCUUUUGCAGUCGUGCCAGAGACUGAGGGUUCUCAUUGCCCAGGUCACCGUACAGAGCGAAUCUGGGACUGAAGCUGGUGCUGUCGUUCAGAGCGGUGAAGGAGAAAACAUCGCUCCAACCCUCAUCACUCCCACAGUGGUAGACUGAAAUUACACAGGUUGAGGACAAACUUUCUGACACGAGUUAUGUUGUGAGAGAAAGUCAGUAAUAUUAAAGCUCCACCCACCAUAAGUAGCAGCAGGUUUGAGGUCGGUGAGAGUGACCCUGUGGAUGUACAUCUUUCUCUUCUCCUCGCCUGAGUCCACAAACAGCGUCGCGUGCCCUUUGCUGCUUAUCUCAAAGAGCCGACCCCCCAGAAGACCGUACUCCACCUGGCUCUCUGUCUCAUUGAAGGUGGUCCAGGUCACCACCAUAGAACCUGGCACUCCUGUGAAGAAAAGCCCAACUAUUGGAAUAGUGACAUGGAGCGAUCUGAUUCACUUACUGAUGCGUCCAUGAAAGCUAAGAGGUGCUUAUGAAAAACCUGACUGUGCACAAGAGUUGCGCUUUUCAUCUUGCCGCUGGCAAAAUAUAAUAACCAUCAGAGAGCCGAGGUAAGCUGACGACUGGCCAGGUAUUCAUUUCAUCAAGACAUCAACGCAUUUAAUGACUACCGCGUUUCACCUUCUAUGAGGAAUGAACAAAAGAACAUGUAUGAACCAAGGGUAACAUCAGCUACUAUAUAUGUACGGCAGCUCAGGCCAUUAUCUGGUGCCUUGAACCUAAAUGACUUACAUUGAGUGCACAGGUAGCAUUUCAGAGCAACAGGGCACUUCAGCAGGAUAUGUUGCUAUUGCAUGAAACAUAUAGACUUUCAAGAUCACUGAAAGUGAAUCUGAACUUCAGUGAACUUGCUGCAGAGCAGCAGAACAGUAACAAAACAUCCAGCUCCCCAAAUCUACCAGUGCUUUCAUUGUAUUAUUGAGUGAUUUGUACAAAAGAUCUGUAAAUCUGCAAUUCAUUUGACUUGGAGACUGGUUUGUACUACUAAGCGGAAAACUGAUUCCCUAAAUGAAAACACAUAAGGCUGAGGAUAACAGUUCAAACACUUACCUGGAUAAGAGAGGUGCGUUUGCUCAGGCUGGGUCCAAAUGGGAGGAACACCAAGCACCAACAGGGGUGCAAGGCUUAGCAAGGCCCAGGCAGUAUGAACGGACAGCAUUUUAACUAACAACCUGCGGGAACAACAACCUGUUGAAAGUAGCAACACACGCUCACACACACACACACACACACACACACACACACACACCCAGAAAAUAAAACACUCUUGUGACUGUAAUCACAUGAUGUUAAAAGCUUUCAUGCCAAGUGAAUGACAGUGUUUUGCACAGUCAACAUCAUACCUGACCUCAGCUCCAGUUCACACAACACACACAGUUCAUGUUUCGGUCUCUGAUGAUGAUGAUGAUCAGUCAACCCGAAUGAUGAGAAUGCAGAACUGAAACAGCAGAGUCAGCGCUAACAGCUUAGAAAGAGACGAUGUGUCCACGAAAGCAGCUGAUGUUCAUUGUGCAUUCAGGGAAGUGAGCUCAAGUGCAGCGGAGAUUAUCUCACAAGCCACAGCUUGACUUAGAUCAAUGAAGUGCAAAGGCAAAACUGCUCCUCUGCCUCACUGAUCGGAGUGAAGGCACUGCCAGAGUCAUGGCCAAUGAAAGAAAAGGCAUGCUCGUUUGAGCCAAUACACUCUAUCAGCUGAUCUCAUUUAAUAGCUAACUGCAUCUUCAGUUGAAUGUGUCUUUCGGUUAUAUGAGAUCAGCUAAUUGGGAUGACCUGAAACCACGCAUCUUUUUUUUUUAUUUGCACCAUUCAUAUCUCAAUAGUCGCUAGAGGGUGCACACUGCACAGACUGCAUAAUGAAUAGGGUGCUUUAUUCUCUGAUACAGGGCGGUAUUAGUAGUUGGAAUCGGAUGUUAACUAGUUGGCAGUAGAAUCAAAGGGAAGGUGUAACGUUAACUCUACUGUCUCUCUGCAUAGGAAUGGAAAACAAGGUGAGUAACGUUCACUUUACACCGUUCAGGAUAAAUUGUUUCACGUGUUGUAACGCGGUUAUAUUUUGCUGUGAAGGUUCAUAGACCACUGGUUUUUCUAUUGAACGUUACAUAACUUAAUGUUAGUUGUUAGCAGGCGAAUACUUACCUUUGUUAAGUGAGCGCUACGUACGUUAAAAAGCCUUUUUAUUUUGUCUUUGACCUGCACGUACAGUUUAAAUAUACUGAAUACGUCUCAAACACAGCCUGACCCGAAUAAGUAAGCUAACGCUAAAUGUUAAAUGACUAACUUAUAACACUCACAACACAUGUCAGCUGUUGGCCCGGGAGCAGUUCCUGCUACGUCAUUGCACAGAACAACACCAUGCCCAAGUGGCUUGUGGGAACUUGUGUUUUGAUACGUAAUAGCCUGGAAAGCCUGUAAAACUGGAGGAUGAAAACUUUAUUCUUUUUUUAAAACAACUAAAGACAAAACAAAAUGCAAUGUAAUUGCUGUGAAUAAUGGUUUAGAGACAUACACUAUAUUGUGAUUAUCGUAUUGGGUUGGCUUGACCACAAAGUCUGUGUGUGCUUGUAGAUAUUUAAUUAAGUCUAAAAAUAUAUUAAAACUGAUUAAGGCUUCUUUUUCUGUAGCUAUAAUGGACUCCAACAGUGAGGAUGGAGAGGACCAAAAUCUUGAACAUGACUUACAACAGGAUGCAGCCCAGUACAGAGUGACCUAUCCUCGUGGGACAGACACAAAAGAUAUGGAUUACAAUAAAAAUGAGGAUUUCAACACAAAGAGGUAUCCAGUAAGUCGCUCUGGCAACAACCCAGGUAGAGUGAAGCGGGUGGUGUCCUGUAAGAGGAAGACCCAUCAUCUGACGGUGACUCGAAGGAAGCAGCUCGGGAUUGGGAAAAUUUAUGAUGCUGCAAACAAGGAGAAUGAGAUGAAGUGCAUGCAGGACGUGCAACAAGAGGUAUUUGACCCUUGGGAGUUCCCACUAAAAGUCAAUAACGACCCAGAGACUGGGAAAAGUGGUUCUGAACAAGCCGACUACUGUUCACUUACUGAGCUGACAAUGGAUCAUAGCACAAUGAAUGAAGUGCUCUUUGGAAGAAAUCUGAGACUGAAAGUAUCUCAAACAUUGUGGCAGAGAAACGUUGGAGAGCUGUUGACCUACUUUCUGAGAAUACAAGACAUCGGUGUGUUUGUUGAUUUUCUCCCGCUGAUUAGCAAAAGCAUUGAUGAGAACUCUCCCAGGGUCACCAUUGGCUGUUGUGUUGACCUCUUUCCUUUAGUUAAGAAGGUCCUCACCAAUCCAUACGAAGAGUAUCUUAUAGUUGGUUUGAAGUGGAUACAUUCAGUUUUGAAAAACUGGUGGGGGGACCUAAAAACAAGUGGCUAUAGUGGAUCAACUAAACUUCCGAUGGAUAAAAAUUUCCAGGCUUUUAAUCAGCAGUUAGUGGAGUUAUGGCAUCAGGAACCUUUGCUAAAAUCUGUUCCCGGACCUGCUGGAGACAUGGCAAAGGUCAGUGCUGCGUGUAUGAAUACAAUCAUUACCACUGCCAUUGUUUGUUUUGCAUUUUCUCAUUCUUCUCCCUUAGGUCAUUGACUCCUUCCUGUCUCAACUUACCUGACAG